AUGCUUGAAGCUCGCAGUUUCAAGGGAGAGAUCAUCCUAACACAUGAGAACCGGGCCGACUCCGCGGCGCAAUGGAUCUGGAGAUUGCUGCGCAUGGGCUACGCGCACACCGUAGUACUGACUCGCGGAGAGCAUUCCUGCAUGCAACUAACCGUCAGCUACACCGCCGCGAGUACGGCACAGGCGGGGUCGUCGUCAUCAUCGUCAUCAUCCUCUUCGCUGCUACAGCCGCAGUUACUAGCUCCGCAGCAAGUGGCUCUCUUCCUGGAGGAGCCGCCGUACUGGCGGCUACAGCUCGCCGCGAUGAUCGUACGACUGGGCGGCUACAACCUACUGGGGCUGGACACCGACGUCGUACUGCAGGAUGAUUUUUACUGGUGGAUGCAGCAACCCGACUACCGAGAUUACCAGCUCUUCGUACAGCGCGACGGUGCGGACCUGACGAGUCGCGAGGGUGCCGGGCUCCAGGGGGUGCUGCGGAACAUCCGCUGGAGGGAGCAGCCCCGACUGCCCGCCGCCUUGAAUUGCACAUUCACCACCUGCUGGGAGCAGGCCGUUGUGACGGAUGCGAUCUACUCGGCGUUGGCGGGGCGACCUGUGUUUUGGCGAUGCCUGGAAAGACGGCCGUUGGAUGCGACCUGGGAAAGCCGGGAUGAUGGCAGGAAGCGCUUCCUGGAUGCCAACACGCAAUUGGUCGGACCCCAACUUGCUAGGAGGAACUUCAGCAUGAGCCGCCCGGGGCCAGCCUGCCACCUCCCCCUGCUUGGAUCCGGAUCCGGGUCUGGAUCCGAUGCGGGCUCCUCUGGGGGCCUGCUGUGGGGGCUGGAGGGGGUGUUGCGGCAACCUCACUUCGGGGGGCAGUGGCCCGAAGCACUGGGGGGGAGAGCUCUGGGGGAGAGCCGGGGGCCUGUGGCCAGUGCCUUCCUGCAAAUGAUGAGAGAAGCGGGUCCCCCUCUGUGGCCCGAUCCCGAGGACCCCUCCACCCAGGCGGCGGCCACCUCCGUGGUUCCGGAGCGCUUCUCGCAGCUGUCGAACCACCUGGUGUGCGACUGGGCCCAAUGCGGCUCCAAGGGCAUGUUCCUGAGGACGACGUUUCUUAGAAAUCCGGAUCCAGACACGUCCACGGCAUGGGAAGGAAAGGGGGAGGAGGAGGAGGAGAAUGAUCCCUGCGUGGUGUUGGGCCAUGUAGGGAUGGCGCCAGGCAAACGGUUGCAACUGAUGGUCAACGGUCACUACAACAUGGACCUGGCGGCUGCCGUACACGGACCGGGAGGGCCGUACUUUGCCACCAACGGUCACCUGCAGGGUUUGGCGCACCACUCCUCCCUCAUGCGAGCGGGGUUAUUGGGGCACCACGCCAGCCGGCGGGGAGGGCACGCGUUGUGUCAGCUGUGUCAGCUGCUUCCUCCUUCUCCUCAAUUUCCAUCCACUUCCCAAUUCAAACUGUGCGCGAAAUCCAUGUACGGCAAUAUCCUGAAAAUCUCACAGAUUGCGCCGCCCCGGGUGGUGGCACUGCUUCCCGGAGCCCUCAGUCCGGGACCGCAUAAUCCCACUACUGCCGCCGCCGCCGCCGCCGCCGCCGGGGAGUUCUUAGACAGCAGCAGUGGCGGUGGCGGUGCGGCGACGUCGCCGCUGGUGCUGCGGAGCUGUCUACACGGCCCGGUGCAUUCGGAGCGCCGCGGUCACAUGCACACGAACCCGUACCCAACGGCACGGAUGCUUCUAUCGUACGAGGUGGUUGACCUCCCGGAGGCCCUUCGCGCCGCCCACCACCACUGGCUCAGCCACUGUUGCGGGCUGUCCUGGCCGGACAGCCGCAACCACAUCUGCUUUGGAGACUUCUAA